CUUGUUCACAUGAGCAAUUGAUUCAUUCGAUUAAAAGCGUCGAAUAAACUAUUACACCGAAUAAUUUCAUAAAGAGCGGUGAAAUGUGAAGUAAUCGGUCACAAAAAUUCAAAGAAAAAAAUAAAUAAAUUCAAACAAUAUUGAUGUGAAAUUGAGUUUUCCAAACCAAAGUAUUUUAUGAACCAUCGACGGAAUUUUCUGUGAAUGAAAACAAAUUCAAUAACAAGAACAAAAAUGGUACAAAAAUUCUUCUGUUUUGAUCUGUACACAACGGGCCUGUUGAUAGGAUGGCUGGGCUUGGCCGAAUCAAUAACAUCAUGCAUUUUCAGCAUUUUAAUGAUUGAAAAUAUUGACAGUCUCGUUACACCCAAAAAUUUUCCCAAUGAGGAUAUUAAUUCUUUGCGUCAUUCGUUCGUCAUCGUUUUGGGCACAUAUAUUGCAUUUAAUAUCAUCGAUUUAUUGGCUUCAGGAUUACUCAUCGCUGGAACAGUCAAGCGCAAUCGGUUGCUCGUUAUUCCAUGGCUUAUCAAUACCUUUAUUUCGUUGGCAUUCAAUGCCAUUGCAGCCGCGACUAGUUUGUACCUAACAAUCACCUCGCAGCAUAUGGACAAUAUUACAAGCACUUUACCUUUCAUUGUCGCAGGCAUUAUCAUAUUCGGAAUUUAUGUGUACGCAUAUUUAGCGAUUUAUUCACUCUACGAUGACAUUCGACGAAGCUCACCAAACAGCGAAUAUUCUAGCUUGAUCAAUAACCGAAAUAGCGUCGCAACCUAUCCAGUUUACUCACGUUGCUGAAAUAUUACUAUUUUACGAUCCUAAAUGUUUUUUUUCAGUUUGACUCUCUUUUUUAAAUAUAAAAUCUUAUUAUAAUCACCAUCCCAAAUAAAUACAAACAAGAUCCAUUUAUUUUUCUAUCAA